CACUGGUGUUGUGCGCAGUGAAUGGCAUUUGAGUCUCGGAGUCAAUGAUUAGUUCAGAAAUGGUUGUUCACUAUUGACAACAACUAUCAUAGCAUUCAGUGAAGUGAUGUUUGCAUUUCUAAAGUGAACCCAAAAAUCUGUGUCAAACCAAUCAAUACUUAAUUCGUGGCCACAGUUUGUCUUAAGAAACACUUCCAGCACUGGAAUACAAUAUUUCAAUAUUUACAUCAACUACUUAAGAAAGUGUCACAAAAAUGACGAAAAUUAACCAAAAAGAGUCGCCAGUUAAAGACGAUUCAUCUAACUCUUCAUGCAAUGAGUCUAAUGGUAUGCCACCAGCGAAGAGUUUAACGACAAACAAAGUCAAGAAGUCAACCAAUAAUCACAACAGAAUGGAUACCAAUGUAUCUACAGAUGAAAUGCAGUUAUUAUUAGCCAAACUGAAAGAAUUGGUUCCAAAUAUUCCUCGCAAUAAAAAACUGUCUAAACUGGAGAUAAUUCAGUACGUCAUCGACUAUAUCUUUGACCUACAACUGGCACUCGACACACAUCCACCAACGUGUCAGACAUCCAAUAGUUCAAGUCCUUCCUCUUCAGCCCUCCAAUCGCUUCGGCAACCGUUGGCAGAGAUGUGGUCGUCAUAAGAAAAUAAUGAUUUGAUGAGACCAUUGAUGAAGGAAUGGGUGGUCUACUGACUGUUAUAACAGUGCAGAUGGAGUACAGUACCAGAUUGACGUGCAUAUGGAUGGCAAACACAUAUGGAUCGGCAUUUGGUUACGACUGCGUUGCCUAAUCAUCGCAAAUCACAUCCCAAUCCCAUAUACCCAUCGGCUAUGAGUCAUAGCUGUUGUCAUUUUGAUUACAUUUCAUUUGUUUUAUCGAUCCAUACAUUGCUCUCAAUUGCAUCCAAUCUCAACCUUUACUAACCAUUAGU